AUGAGAGAAAUCUGCAACUCCUGCCAGCUCCCCCUCUCCUUCUCUCCCCUCCCCUUCAACCGCCUCUUCUCCUGCCAGCACCAUUCCCCUCCUAUCCCUCCUCUCUCCAGCCUGCCAGCACCCCUCCCUUCUCCAACCAACACUGACAGCCCCUCCCCUUCUCCAAUCAGCACCAACACUGACAGCCCCUCCCCUUCUCCAAUCAGCACCAACACUGACAGCCCCUCCCCUUCUCCAACCAGCACCAACACUGACAACCCCUCCCCUUCUCCAACCACACCCCUCCCCUUCUCCAUCCAGCACCCCCCUUCUCCAACCAGCACCAACACUGACAGUCCCUCCCCUUCUCCAAUCAGCACCAACACUGACAGCCCCCCUUCUCCAACCAGCACCAACACUGACAGCCCCUCCCCUUCUCCAAUCAGCACCAACACUGACAGCCCCUCCCCUUCUCCAACCAGCACCAAUAUUGACAGCCCCUUCUCCAACCACACCAACACUGACAGCCCCUCCCCUUCUCCCAUCCGCACCAACACUGACAGUCACACCCCUUCUCCAACCAGCACCAACACUGACAGCCCCUCCCCUUCUCCAAUCAGCACCAACACUGACAGCCCCUCCCCUUCUCCAACCAGCACCAAUAUUGACAGCCCCUUCUCCAACCAGCACCCCUCCCCUUCUCCAACAGCACCCUUCCCCUUCUCCAAUCAGCACCAACACUGA